CCGGCGGGGAUGAGUCUUUCUCCCUGAUGCUGCUGCCAUUAGAGCUCCUCCGAAGCACAAGCAACUCCUUCAGGAUUUAAGCACCACAGCGCUGCGCUGCGCCAUAUCCACGGUGACCCUCUCUCAGAGGGGAAGUCUCCAAGGCGCCGUCCUGGCCUGGAGAGCUGGCUGCUGUCUUCCUCUCCCAGCAGGUGCCUCGUCUCCGGUUAAUGGGAGAGUACCUGUGUGGAAGGAGGGACCUGGACCCGCCGCAGGAGUCAACAACAUUUGGUUUGCAAAUUCUUGAGUCUUGUUUUUAACUUGGGCCAUUUGAAUUCGAGCUUCCAACGAGACUCCGCCGCAGAGCAGCUCUUUAUCUCAGAUCCGCUGGACACUCUGACCUUGGAGUAGAGAUGGAGGGGUGUGAGGACUGUGGGACGGACGGCGCUCGGAGAAGCCGACGGGAGGACGAUGGGAGCGGCGUGGGAAACCUUCAGCCGCCACACGCCGGCCGGGAGAGAGACAACUUUGUUCGCCAGAGCCCACAUGGACACGAGACCGCCGCUCAACGGUACAGCGCCACCAGGAUUCAGGCCGGCUUGGGUCCCGAGAGCAUGGCGGAUUACUUGAUCAGCGGCGGCACAGGCUACGUCCCUGAUGACGGACUCUCAGCUCAGCAGCUCUUCUCCAUCGGCGACGGCCUUACCUACAACAGAUCAGACCAAGAGUGCGUUCUCUCCGACGGUCAUACGGCUGAAGAGCUAUGCUCUAAAGGAGAUGGGUUGACUUACAAUGACUUCCUGAUUCUGCCUGGCUUCAUCGACUUCACAUCCGAUGAAGUGGACUUGACGUCAGCGUUGACCAAGAAGAUCACGUUGAAAACUCCGCUCAUCUCAUCUCCGAUGGACACCGUCACAGAGUCAGCCAUGGCCAUCGCGAUGGCGUUAAUGGGCGGCAUCGGCAUCAUUCAUCACAACUGCACACCAGAAUUCCAAGCCAAUGAGGUCCGCAAGGUUAAGAGGUUCGAACAAGGCUUCAUCACAGAUCCCGUCGUGAUGAGUCCCAAACACACGGUAGGCGACGUGUUCGAGGCCAAAGUCCGACACGGCUUCUCCGGCAUUCCAGUCACCGAGACGGGCAAGAUGGGCAGCAAGCUGGUGGGAAUCGUGACCUCCAGAGACAUCGACUUCCUGUCUGAGAAGGACCACAAGAAAGCUCUGGAGGAGGUCAUGACCAAACGGGAGGAGUUGGUGGUGGCCCCUGCUGGUGUUACUCUCAAGGAGGCCAAUGACAUUCUGCAGCGCAGCAAAAAAGGUAAGCUCCCCAUCGUGAACGACAACGACGAGCUGGUGGCCAUCAUCGCCAGGACGGACCUGAAGAAGAACAGGGACUACCCCCUGGCCUCCAAAGACUCCCGCAAACAGCUGCUGUGCGGCGCCGCCAUCGGGACCAGGGAGGACGACAAGUACAGGCUGGACCUGCUGGUGCAGGCGGGGGUGGAUGUUGUGGUUCUGGACUCCUCGCAGGGAAACUCUGUUUAUCAGAUCAACAUGAUCAACUAUAUCAAGCAGAAGUAUCCCGACCUGCAGGUGGCUGGAGGCAACGUGGUCACGGCGGCGCAGGCCAAGAAUCUCAUCGAUGCUGGGGUUGAUGCGUUGAGAGUCGGUAUGGGCUGUGGCUCCAUCUGUAUCACGCAAGAAGUCAUGGCGUGUGGGAGGCCCCAGGGGACGUCUGUGUACAAGGUGGCCGAGUACGCCCGCCGCUUCGGGGUGCCGGUGAUCGCCGACGGCGGCAUCCAGACCGUCGGCCACGUGGUGAAGGCGCUGUCCUUGGGGGCGUCGACCGUCAUGAUGGGCUCCCUGCUCGCCGCCACCACAGAGGCUCCCGGAGAGUACUUCUUCUCGGACGGCGUGCGGCUGAAGAAGUACCGCGGCAUGGGUUCCCUGGACGCCAUGGAGAAGAGCACCAGCAGCCAGAAACGCUACUUCAGCGAGGGCGACAAGGUGAAGGUGGCUCAGGGCGUGUCAGGCUCCGUGCAGGACAAGGGCUCCAUCCAGAAGUUCGUACCCUAUCUGAUCGCCGGGAUCCAACAUGGCUGCCAAGACAUCGGAGCCAGGAGUCUGUCUGUGCUGCGGUCGAUGAUGUACUCUGGAGAGCUGAAGUUCGAGAAGCGCACCAUGUCCGCGCAGGUGGAGGGAGGGGUUCACGGACUCCACUCCUACGAGAAGCGGCUCUACUGAACCCGACACGUCCUCGGUACCAGUGACCAAAUGUGCUGAACACGACCUCACGUCACCUCCCAGACCCCUCUGCCCCCCGUCGUCCUCCGUUGCUCCUCGUCUGAGCGGAGCCCGUUCCACGUACCUCUCCUUCCAGCCGAGGCUUUGAACUCAUGAGGCGGGACGUCAGGGUCUUUUCCCGAAACGAUCAGUGUAUCUCGAGUGUACGGCCGUUAUUUCUGUGUGUCGGUGGAUGAAACGCGUGCGAGAGCUCAGUCCUGAUAUUCUCAAAGGACAACGUUCUAUAUAUAAAUCUAUUUUGUUGGAAUGUUUUUUAAGUUGCUGCACAGACCGCAGACUGGCUUCGGUUCAGAUUCCACUUUUGAUACCAGCUUCCUCUUAACAGCGCUCGAGCUUCCCCCCCUCCCCUCCGUGAUUGGCGCCACUCUUUCUGUCCACCAUGGAAACACUUGAAUCCCCACACUUUGUUCAAUCUGGUUUGUAGGGGCAGCUUUGACCGGAGCGUGAAGGCUUUUUGAUAUGCAUGUCCUUUUUUCACCGAGAGGAGACUUGUAUUUAUAUCCUGCUUUAUUGUGACCGCGUACUGCCAAGUGUAUUUAUACCUUCUCCCAGAAGUACUUUUUGUAAACGCAAGCGGCCCGUCGUCGGCGGGUGUCACCUCCAGCCAGCCGUCUCAUCCGUGUCAUGUUGCCAGAGGCCAUGUGGGAGGCGGCCAGCCGUUCUGGCUGAAUGUUGAAUUAGAAAACCACUGAGAACUAAAGUGCCAUGACUCCACCUCCACCCCAUCGGAAACCUCCCUCUAGACGCGUGAAAUCCAAGUUUCACUCCCCAAAAACACUAAAUUACAAAGCACAUUUCUGUGCUUCUUUUUUUUUGCUCUGUUAAGUGAAUCUCAUCUUCUAAAACAUUCAAACCAGCACAGGUGCGGUUGGACAGGUGAAUUUGGUUUGAAUGCACGGAGCGUUUGGGAUGAUGGACCAGUGAUUUGGAGAGAAUACACAUGUCAACGCUCGAGUCCAGCAUCUCGUCUUUUGUUACGUCAACAUCAGUUUUUGGUGCAUCGUUUAUCAACCUCUUUGUUCUUUUAAAAAGUCAAUCUUGCUUUUUUCAGACGUCAAAUUAUGUUUACAGGAAAACUGCUUUUGCUGUUAAAAUAAAUACCAGAAAUAAAGACUGGAUUCCUUCAAUUCCAUUUAUUGAGUUUUAAAACGGCGUGGUGCAGCGUGAGCGUGAAGAAAUAAAUAUUUCCGGGUUGAUAGGGCCAGCAGAGGGCGCUGUUGCGUCAUCACAGAAAGCUUGGUCAUGGCGUGUGACGUCAGUAGUAGUUGAAGUGCAACAGUCUGUCAUAGAAACAUUUGUACACGCUUUGUCUCUCACAGGUAAAAAAUACAAUCUUGGCACUUUUUAAACAUUCAGCUUCACAGUCGCUGCUCAACAUGGCGUCCGUGUGUUCAUGUGAGAGAGUGGAGGACUAGUGAACAACCGCGGACGCAGGUGCUGCCGUGACGCGAGGAGCUUUUCUGUAGCUUCCUGCCCAACUAGCAUCAAAGUGUCAGAGGUCAAUGGUCUCGCUGCUGACGCUCACGGCGUCGAUCUGUCGGCACACGCUGAUGAACUCCUCGUGCACCGACCGGUCGGCCUGGGACGACAGGUCCAGGCUUUCCUGCGAGGCCGCGCCCAGCGUCUGGUACUGCCUCUGGGGGCCGCCAGGGUCCCCCGCUGCCCUCUCGGGGCUGUGGCCCAGCGCCAGCGAGGAGCCUCCGAUGGAGGUCCUGUAGAGGGAGCAGGUGGACGAGCUGCUCCGCCAUCGCUCCGGAGACGAGCUGCUGGACGAGGACGGCGAUGUCGUGGCUCCGCCGCCCUGUGGCUUAGCCUGGACCUCACUGUUGAACUGGAUGCAGGAGGCGGUCCGAAAGAGCCCGGGGUCAGCGGGAUCACAAUGGCCUUUGAUGGGAAGCGAAUCGUAGUUGGACAUGCCGUCGUAGAGACUCGGAGGGCUGAAGAGGCUCAUGGGGAAAAGGGCUUCGCCGAAGAGCGCCUCGUCGAUGCUGCGCCGCAGGUUGAUGGGCGACGGCGGCCGCAGGUCGGUGGUGGAGUCGCUGGUGAAGGAAGACCCGCCCGACGGCAUCUCCAGCCUUCCAUUGCUGUGCUUGUCUGAGCCCUGGAGGUCCGGGUCCAGGUCUCUGUAGGCCAGAGCGCGGUUGCUGUGAUAGAGCAGCUCCAGCCCGUUCAUGCUGCCGGCCAGACGCUCGUCCAUGAGGGUGUAGAGAGGCAGGCUCUCACUCUCUCCCAGCCCCGCCGUGUCCACGAUAGCCAGCUUCUCCUGGUUGCUGAGGCUCCACUGGUAGCUCCCGGGCAGAAUGGGGGACUUGGACGCCAAGAGUUCGCUCCAACAGCUGCCAGCUGAGGGCAGGUGGUCGGAGCAGUAGACGGGCUGCGCCACCACCAGCGCCAAGGUGACGCUCAGACCCAGCUCGCCCAGUCUGCAGCUGAGCUGGAAGGCCCACCAGGGCCACGGGUGGAAGACCUCCUCUCCGCCGGCCACACCCAUGGCGUUGAGCAUGGCGUACAUCUGCAGCCCGGCGCAGGCCAGGCAGAACAGCGCCGACAGACAGACGGUCGCCGCCGCUCGCUCCCAGUGCCGGCUCUCUGCGAAGGGGCAGCGGUUGUACCUCUCGGUGGGCGUCGGCGAAGUGUUGUUCAGGUGGUAGAUGUGCUUGGAGUCUGCUCGGACGUAGAUGUAGAACACAAAGUACGCCAGGGAUAGGAAGGUGGCCAGGGUUACGAAGGCGCCGCGCGCCACCAGCGACAGGAAGAGGCACAGAGGAGGCCUCUGCUGGUAGAACUUGAGCAAGGUGGCCGGACCGAAGGCGGCGGCGAAGUGCAGGAGCACCAGGCAGGCCAGGAAGCAGGGCCUCUGGAAAGCAGAGUAGGACAGCUGCAUCCUGGAGCGCAUGGAGAGCAGGAGGAAGACCAGGCCGAAGGCCGCCGUCAGGCAAGGGAACGGAGCCUCGUGGAGCAUGAGGGAGGCCUCCGUGGAGGCCAGCCGCUCCUGGUGGCCGUAGGCGUCGUACAGCAGGGAGAAGGACCUGGUGAAGCCCGCGGCGAGCAGGAAGAGGCUCACCAGCGCAAAGUAUCCGCAGCCAGAGGGGCAGCGCAGCGGCAGGCAGAGCAGGUUGAGCGCCGAGGCGAGGGUCAGCAGCACGAAGAGGCAGCCGGCGCCGUAGACGUGCGCCUGCCAGGCCAGACCCCAGGCCGCCAUGGCGCGGUUCCAGUCGGCGUGCAGCGGCACCAGCAUGAGCGGCGCCGGGAUCAGAAACGGGCUGCUGGACUGGUUGGCGACGCUGGAGUU